AUGCGUGAGAUGGAUGCUCUGAUCUCGGAGUACCGCCAUGAGAAGAAGCGCCCCCGGGAAUCGGAGGCUCUCUUCAUGCUCCGCAAAGUAGCCUCUAUCGUCAAACCAAUUAUGCGCCAGCGUUCUUGGCGCGUGGGAGCUCUGUGUGAGUUCUACCCGAAACAGAGGAACCUGCUAGGUUUAAACGUCAACUCUGGUCAGAAGAUUUGCCUGAGAUUACGGUAUGCUUCUGAUCAGAAGCAGUUCCUGCCUUUCGAGCAGAUCGUGGAUACUAUGCUUCACGAACUCUGUCAUAUUGUCCGUGGCCCGCAUGAUAGACAGUUCCAUGCACUGUGGAAUCAACUUCGGGACGAGCAUGAAGAGCUUGUCCUCAAGGGAUACACCGGAGAGGGCUUCCUUUCUCAAGGCAAGCGUCUUGGUGGCGCCAGAAUGCCCAUCGAUGAAGCCCGCCGUCAAGCUCGUGCAUCCGCUGAGCAGCGACGUUCUCAAACCAAGAACUCCGGAAAGAAACUUGGUGGAGCUCCUGUCCUCCGUGGAACCGACAUGCGCAAGUUGCGCGCGGACGCUGCCCAGCGGCGUCUUGAAGUAGAAGGGGGAUGUGCAUCGGGAACCUCUGAGGGUACCGAGCUUGCCGAAGAGGCAUAUAAUGGGUUCAGGACAAAGGCCGAGGAAGAUGAUGCGAAUGAGGCAGCUAUUAUGCAAGCAUUCAUCGAAUUAAUCCAAGAAGAGGAGCGUGAGAAGUAUGGCUCGUCUUAUAUUGCCCCGAGCCAGGACAAUCCUGCCGGGCCCUCUACUCAGGAAUCGCCUCCUCCAUCUGAUUCGCGAGAGACCUGGAAAGCCAAACCUGUGGAAACCACUCACGAAGACACCCCCGAUCUUACUACGGACAAUAUCUCCUACGACGCUCCCUGGACUUGCCCGGCAUGUACAUUGGAAAAUCGUCCUAAGUUUCUUUGCUGCGAUGCCUGUGGAUCGGAACGACCGGCUCCCAAAAAAAUGAAACCAGCAGAAUCCAUACGAAGACCAGAACUUCCUAAUCGGACGCGCUCGGAACCACAGAAGUCAAAGAAGCGUCCGCUGCCAGAUGACAAGGCCGACAAAAAGGACAAAGCGGUGGCGCGUGAUACGUUUGCUUUCAGGAAUCGAACCAGGGCCUUGGACACUUUAAAAAGCCUAGAACGGGAUGUCAAUAAAAGGCGCCUAGGGUGGAAUUGCAGCUUUUGCGGUUCUUUUAUGGAAUCACAAUGGUGGACAUGCUCUUCCUGUGGAACGAUGAAGGCGACAUCUUGA